AUGAACGAAGGGGACGCGGAGAUCAUCUUCCUGGGCACCGGAUCGUCGGCGCCCGCCAAGUACCGCAACGUGACCGGCAUCGUCGUCGACCAAAAGGAUAAGGGCUCGGUGUUUGUGGACACCGGCGAGGGGACGCUCGGGCAGCUCGUGCGCUGCGUCGGCGUCGACGCCGCCGACGACAUCGUUCGAAGGCUCAAGUGCGUGUGGAUCUCGCACAUCCACGCCGAUCACCACGUCGGAUUGCCCACGAUUUUGGCGCGGCGGAGGGCGCUGUUGGGAUCGAACGGCUCGGACGAGGAUCCCGUGACGGUGGUGGGCCCGAAGGACCUCAGACGUUUUCUCAACGCGUACAACGCCGUGGAGCCGCUGCACGCGCGGUUCGUGGACUGCCGCGCCACCCUCGAGGGCGAGUGGACGCGCGGGAAGCAGGAGGAGGAGGAGGAUGGGGAGGAGCGCGAAGGAGUCGUGGGGACGACGAACGCCCCAAACUCCCCGAGCGUCGACGGAUCGAAUAAUAAACCCGGCUCCGGCUCCUCGUCGUUUGAUUGGGGCGACUCCCUGAGCCACGUGAGGGACGCGUGCGCCGCGUUGGGGUUGAGACGGAUGGUCUCCACGCCCGUCGUGCACUGCGCGCACGCGUUCGCGCUCACCAUGGAGUCCGAGGCGACGUGCGCGGAGACGGGCGAGGGGUGGAAGCUGGUGUACAGCGGCGAUACUCGACCGUGCUCAAACGUUACAAACGCCGCGAGGGGCGCGACGGUGCUCGUGCACGAGGCGACGUUCGAGGACGGGAUGGAGGAGGACGCCGUCAAGAAGCGGCACAGCACGGUGGGCGAGGCGGUGAAGGUGGGCACCGACGCCGGGGCGUACCGCACGGUGUUGACGCACUUCAGCCAGCGGUACCCGAAGGUGCCGGUGUUCAAGGGCGGGCAGAGGGUGGGCGUCGCGUUCGAUCUCAUGCGCCUGGAUUUCAAGACGGGGUUGCCGAGGGUGCCGUCGUUCCUGGAAGCCGCGAGGAGCCUGUUCCCCGAAGAGGAAGACGCGGAGACACCGGCGAAGGAGCCGGCGCCGUGAUGA